AUGUUAAUAGGAAGGAUUAGCCAGUUAUUAAUUAAGCGUUCCAUCCACAUAUCGCCGAGAUUAAAUCAAGCAAUGGGUAUCGACGGAAAUACGAUUUUAGCUGAGAGUUUGAAAAAACAGGGUGUGGAGUAUGUAUUUGGCAUAGUCGGUAUCCCUGUGAUUGAGACGGCCCUGGCAUUCCAAUCCGCUGGCUUGAAGUAUGUGGGCAUGCGCAAUGAACAGGCUGCCUGUUACGCUGCACAGGCUGUUGGAUACCUAACAGGUAAACCAGGUGUUUGUUUGGCUGUGUCUGGCCCUGGUUUGUUGCACUGCAUCGGUGGUAUGGCCAAUGCUCAAGUGAACUGCUGGCCGCUUAUAGUCAUCGCUGGCUCAUGCCCUCAAGACCAUGAAGGUAUCGGAGGGUUCCAGGAAUGGCCUCAGGUGGAAUCCAGUCGUCUGUACUGCAAGUAUGCUGCCAGGCCACCGUCACCUCGUCUCAUUCCACUGCACGUGGAGAAAGCAGUACGUCUGGCCGCCUCAGGCCGCCCUGGAGUCUCAUACUUAGACAUGCCUGGAACCUUGCUCAUGGCUGAAGCUGAUGAAGAUAAAGUGCCAAUGGACUUCUAUAAUGCGCCUCCCGUGGCUCUGGCGCAUCCCAACCCUGCCUUAGUGUCACAAGCCGCGGACCUCUUGGCUAAAGCUGAACGCCCCCUCAUCAUCGUGGGUAAAGGCGCCGCCCACGCACGCGCUGAGGAAGAAAUCUGCAAGCUCGUGGAAAAUACCAAGCUGCCCUUCUUACCCACACCUAUGGGUAAAGGAGUAGUACCUGACGAGUCAGAGUAUUGCGUGUCGACUGCGCGCACGCAAGCUCUUCUCAAAGCCGACGUCAUUCUGCUACUGGGUGCCAGACUCAACUGGAUGCUACAUUUCGGACAACAGCCACGCUUCGCACCCGAUGUUAAAGUGAUACAGGUUGAUAUAAGCCCCGAAGAGUUCCACAACAGUAUCAAAUCUGAAGUGGCUGUCCACUCGGACAUCAAGCCAUUUACUGCGGCCCUCACACAGAAACUAGCUGAGAAGAAAUUUAGCCUGCAGCCGGCUAGCAAUAACUGGUGGCAAGGACUCCAGCAGAAACAGAAGGCUAACACAGAGUUUGUCCAGGCUCAAGCGAACAACAAGACAUUGCCACUCAACUACUUCGCAGUAUUCAAAGCUGUUCAGGCGAACAUUCCAAAGGACUCCAUCAUUGUGAGCGAAGGAGCGAAUACCAUGGAUAUCGGUAGAGGAAUGUUACUGAACAACAAGCCCCGACACAGGCUCGACGCUGGCACCUUCGGCACCAUGGGAGUGGGCCCUGGUUUCGCCGUCGCCGCAGCUAUGUGGUGCCGCGACUAUGCACCGGAAAAACGUGUCAUUUGCGUUGAAGGGGACUCGGCCUUUGGCUUCUCUGGUAUGGAGAUCGAGACUAUGUUCCGCUACAAACUGCCCGUAGUUAUUGUCAUUGUAAACAACAGCGGUAUCUACAGUGGCUUCCCUAAAGAUGUCAUGGAAGACAUACAGUCAGGUGGCGAUAUCGCACAGUGCACUCCACCCACAGCUCUUAGCUGUGAGAUCAAAUACGAAAAGAUGAUGGAAAUUUUCGGCGAGAGUGGACACCUCUGCCGCACUGUUGAAGAAAUUGAAGCAGCGCUAAAGAAAGCAUUAGCAGUAACUGACAAGCCCAGUAUCAUCAAUAUACUUAUUGACCCAUCAUCCAAUAGGAAACCACAGACAUUCAACUGGCUUACUGAAUCUAAACUGUGA